AUGCCGUCGCUGAGCACGCGCAACCCGUCGGCCAAGUGCUACGGAGACAGGUUCAUCCCGGAUCGGUCGGCGAUGGACAUGGACGUGGCGCACUACCUGCUCACGGAGGGCAAGAAGGACAAGGAGAACGCAGCGGCAUCCCCGUCCAAGGAGGCCUACCGGAGGCUUCUGGCCGAGAAGCUGCUCAACAACCGGACGCGGAUCCUCGCCUUCAGGAACAAGCCGCCGGAACCCGAGAACGUGUUUGCUGCCGACACGGUUUCUUCUCACCAGGCCAAGCCGGCCAAGCAGAGGCGCUACAUUCCCCAGUCUGCCGAGAGGACUCUGGAUGCACCGGACCUCGUCGACGACUACUACCUCAACCUAAUGGACUGGGGGAGCAGCAACGUGUUGUCCAUUGCGCUGGGCGACACCAUGUACCUGUGGGACGCCUCAAGUGGAUCCACAUCUGAGCUCGUGACAGUCGAGGAGGACAACGGCCCCAUCACCAGCGUCAGCUGGGCUCCUGAUGGCCGCCAUCUUGCUAUUGGGCUCAACUCGUCUGACAUCCAGCUCUGGGACACCAGCUCCAGCCGCCUGUUGAGAACUCUGAAAGGUGUGCAUGAGUCAAGGGUCGGCUCGCUGGCAUGGAACAACAACAUCCUGACGACAGGCGGCAUGGACGGCAGGAUCGUGAACAACGACGUGAGGAUCAGGGAUCAUGCCGUGCAGACUUACCAGGGGCACAGCCAGGAGGUGUGCGGGCUCAAGUGGUCUGGCUCAGGGCAGCAACUGGCGAGCGGUGGCAACGACAACCUUUUGCACAUUUGGGAUGUGUCGAUGGCAUCCUCCAUGCCAUCUGCUGGCCGCAACCAGUGGCUGCACAGGCUCGAGGACCACACGGCCGCUGUGAAGGCGCUCGCAUGGUGCCCGUUCCAGAGCAACCUGCUGGCAACCGGCGGCGGCGGUAGCGACCGGUGCAUCAAGUUCUGGAACACGCACACCGGCGCAUGCCUGAACUCUGUUGAUACCGGGUCACAGGUGUGCUCUCUUCUGUGGAACAAGAAUGAGAGGGAGCUGCUGAGCUCACACGGGUUCACUCAGAACCAGCUGACAUUGUGGAAGUACCCUUCGAUGGUCAAGAUGGCUGAGCUCACUGGCCAUACCUCCCGUGUUCUCUUCAUGGCACAGAGUCCUGAUGGUUGCACGGUAGCGUCGGCUUCUGCGGACGAGACCCUCCGCUUCUGGAACGUGUUUGGCACCCCUGAGGUGGCCAAGCCUGCACCCAAGGCUUCCCACACCGGCAUGUUAUGGCUGGGUAGCGCACCACCAGAUCAGACGCCAUGCCCUUCUAGAAUGAGUGGUAUGGAGAAGUCGAUCCGCAAAUACGCGGAGGACCCAACAAAGAGUGUGAUGGAAAUACUUCAUGUUGAGGAAAUCCCGGCUAAGCAUAUAUUGAAGCGGUGGACAAACGACCAAGGGACAUACUACCCCAACAUGCACUCCACCUUUUACUUGAAAGCCAUGGAUGUAGAGGCUUUCGAUCACACUUAUGUUGGUUUGGAUGCUUUAAUGGUGAGUGGAGCACCUUUCGCCGAGAGGAGGGAUGGUCUGGGUUUUGAAGACCGCAUGGCCUGCUUAGUUCCUGGUACAUUACCUGGGAACGGAGAGAUUGCUUGUGUUGGCAAGCAACGAAAUUGCCGAAAAAUGCAUUAG